AUGAUGAGUAAGGAGAAUAAUAUACUUCUGGUCGAAAUUUCAGGUGAUGCUUUUUUUAAUAUAAUAAAAUAUUUAACCAUUAAUGAAGCAUUAAAACUUAAUCUUGUCAGCAAAAGUUUUUAUGAAUACUUGAAGGAUGAAAAAGCUUAUAGUCUGAUCAGUUGCGUUAAUUUAAAUAACUACAUUAAAUUUGUAAAGUUUAUAAAGCCAAAUAAAUUCAGCUCCUUUUUCCUGUCCAUAUUAAAGGACGAAAAAAAUAUUUACUCUAACCCGCACUAUGUCAAGAAAAAUAUUAAUUUCGGUAUUAACAGAAAACAGCUAGUUGAAAAUGAAAAAUCCUUUUUGAAAAAGAUAAUACUAAAAGGGGAAUUUAUAAGAAACGCAAAUUUUUAUGAUAUCAGUUUACUUCUUAGCUCUCAUGCAAACACAUUGGAAGAACUACACAUUCAUGGGCUGAAUGACGUGAAUUGUCCUCUUUUUAUUUAUUCAAGUUAUGGCAUAAUUUUUGAAUUCUUUUCAAAAGAAAUUCUGUUAAAUAAUUUAUCUUUUGACUGUGUAACGAAGAAUGAUCUCGCGCAUAUUCAGGAGAUACUUUUGCAGAAAAGCUACGAAGAGGCCGACAAAAAGGGCAAUCAAAGGGGCGAUGAAAGGGGAAAUCGAAAAAGUGGAUAUGUUGUUGAGGAAAAUUAUGAACAAAAUGAACAAAAUAUGACCAAUGUGCAGGAAAAUUAUGAACAAAGUGAACAAAAUAUGACCAAUGUGCAGGAAAAUUAUGAACAAAGUGAACAAAAUAUGACCAAUGUGCAGGAAAAGCAUGAACAAAUUGCACACAUAUAUAAAGUAGGCCCUUGUUUCCAAAAAAAAAACGACAGAUUUAAGAAGAAUGAAAAAAACGCAGAAAACACAAGUAACUGUGAUGUAGAUACUACGCGUAAGUGCAAUGAACAGGGUAUACAGAUGAAAGGGGUGAAGCAUGAAUUAAAUGGGAACGAUAAAAUAAUAAAACGUGGAAAGGAAAAAAUGAAUAACUUAAUAAAUAAAAAUAAAUUACAUUUACUAUGUGAGCAUAUAAGCAUAGUGUAUAACUGUAAUAAGAAAUGUUUUGAAAAAAUAAAAAAUUAUAAACAAAGAAUAAACCUAAAUCAUUAUAUAAGGAGGUUACCUAUUUUAAAAGUUCUGAACUUGUCAGGUAUACAAAGUUAUGACAUGAUAGAAAUGUUUAUUCCAUUAUAUCUACCUUGUUUAAAAACUUUAAAUAUAUCAUGUUAUGAUUAUUUUUUUUAUUUUUAUUAUAUGCUAAUAUCUAUAUUCUUGUAUGGUAAUGGGAAAGAGGUUUUUACUCGCUACAUAAAUUUUAAGAAGACACAAAACAAUAUGGACCCAAAUAAAAAAAAAAAAGCAUUUGUAGAAUGUAAUAAAAAAAUAUAUGAAAUAAUAAAAGAAAUGGAUGAAAAUUUAAUAGAAACAAAUAACGUUUCAUCAACUUUUCAAAAACGAUGUGAACAAGAUGCUAUAAACUAUUACGAAUUUAACAUAAAAAAUAAUGAAAAAAAGGUUUUCUUUACUCCUACUUAUAAGGACAAAAUUUACAUGAACAGUAUAAACUGCCCGGUGUAUUAUGCCGACGGUAGUUACAUAAAAUACGAUUCAGAUGGAGAGGGGGGCGGUCUAUGUACUAAUAGAGGAGGAGCAAAUGGUUUUACUGCUUCUGUAGGGGAAGUUAGUACACGAGAAAAUGAGGAUGACAACACUAUCAGUAAUCACAAUGACAAAAAGGAAGAAAGCAGAAAAGGCAUGAACGAUGAGUUCAAUGAGAUAAACUACAGAAGCAGCAUUAGCAUGAUUAGUAGAGCUCAUACCGUUCUCACAGAAAGCGUCCCACAUAACUCACAAAACUCCGCUAGUAUGGGUGGUGUAAAUACCAUUCGGAGCUCUGUCAGCAUUGGCGGUGUAAAUAUCAUUCGGAGCUCUGACAGCAUUGGCGGUGCAAAUAUCAUUCGGAACGCUUCCAAUAGUGGCAGUACAAGCAUUCUGCGCAAUGCUGUUAUCAUCCGCAGUAUAAGCAGCCCCGACAAGUGUUCUUCCAUCCAGAAUAAGCACAAUCAUGCAAGCGAAAACAGCGAGAAGGCAAUAAUGCAGAGCUUAAAAGGAAAGAUUAAGAAGCUAAAGAGAGGAGGGUAUAUCUGGCUAGUUGAAAAUCAUAAUUACAAGAAAAAUGUGAGUAUAGAAAUAUUAUAUCUAUUUAAAAAUAUAAUAGAGAAUGAAGAAAAAAGAGGAAGAAAAAAUAUUAUAUGUAUGUUGAACAAUCUAAACUUAGAACAUUUCUCCUUAUUUAACUAUAGUUUGAGUAGUCCAUUUUUAUGGUUACUAUUAUUAAUAAAAAACCAAAAUUUAAGGACAUUUUGUAUAUUAGAUUUGUGUUUAUCUCACCUUUUAUCUGCCUUAACAUUUUUAGAGGCUUUUUUAAAACAAAAUUUAUUUAAUUUUCAAGGUAUGAUGAGAAGAAGAAGGAAAAGACUGGGAAGUAUAUACUUUAAAUUUAAUGAUGAAGAAGAAAUAAAAUUCGUUAAUCAUAUGUAUUCUAAAAUAAUAAACGAGUUAAAUACAUCUAAUUUUACGCCGAAAAGAAAUAAAGUGAUACAUAUUGUUAUUUAUGUUUAUAAUAAUAAAAAGGAAAAUAAACAAUUUAUAAAAUAUAUAAGAAAAAUUUCUAGAUCAUUAUGGAGGUGUAACUAUUUAGUUUACUACUCUAUUCAAUAUUAUAAGUACAAAUACUUUAACAAAUAUUUUGAUAUUGAUAAUUUGUAUAGGGAUUACGUAAUUAACAUACUAUUGUCUAAUCACAAACUGAACCAGUCUGCAAUUGCUCAACGCGCCUUAUCAUACCAGUGA